GUGAAGUUGAGAGAGAAUGGUUUUGCUUAAAAAACUUAUUUGUUUAAUUUUCUCAGCAAUAUGCCAUUUACCGAUCUUGCUAGUGUUGCUGGCCAGUAUGUGUAUGGACCCGAGACUCAAUUCAGAUAGGAAAAUGACUGUUGCUGCUGCCAGCAGUACUGAUGAAUGUCAAGUUACUCCUGUCAUUCAUGUACUGCAGUACCCUGGAUGUGUACCUAAGCCUAUACCUAGUUAUGCUUGCACCGGGAGAUGUGCUUCCUAUAUACAGGUUUCAGGUAGUAAAAUAUGGCAAAUGGAAAGAUCUUGUAUGUGUUGCCAAGAGUCUGGAGAAAGGGAGGCUUCAGUUUCUCUGUUUUGCCCCAAAGCCAAGCCUGGAGAGCGUAAAUUUAUUAAGGUUACAACAAAGGCCCCACUGGCAUGCAUGUGUAGGCCAUGUACCAUGAUAGAAGAAAGCGCCAUUAUCCCUCAAGAAAUUGCCAAUUACGGGGACGACGGACCCUUCUCCGGGCAUUUCAUGCGAUCUCAUAUUCAAUAAAGGAAUAUACGUAAUGUAAUUGAUGCUUUUCAUAAA